AGAACCGAGUAUGGCGAGCCGAGGGCCGGUCGUUUCUAAUACGUAGCCAGCAGCGAGCCGUCCGUUGUCUGCCCAUGUUGUUCUCCGGGUGGAGUUUGGCUACAGUCCGCAAGACAAAGACAAGUGAGUCACCAGUGAAGCCUUACUGUACCGGCGCAGGGACGUAACGGGACGACAGGUCCGUGUUGCUGCCGAGCCCCCGGAUCUUCACCACAAGGGAACCACCUGCUGUGCCCAGUUCAUUGUUUACAUUGCUGUCACCAGCGGGAGGUUUUGCUCAAAAAGCAAAGGACAUCUGCGAAAAAGGACCCAACUUUAUUGCAGCGCAGUCGCUGUUAAAGACUUCACAUUCCCUUUCCUGGGAUUGAAUUCAACUGAGUUUCAAAACAGUGAUUGAUGGUGAAAAUGAUGAAAUUCAUUGAUAUUGCCCAAGAGGGCAAUGACACACUGGUCACUUCUACUUGUAUCGAUUCUCUGUUAAAUUUGAGGAGCUCCAUCCCCUAGUUAUCUUGAUGAAGGCCUUUUUCUGACAAAAGAUAAGGGCCACUUGGGGCCAGGAGGUGAAGUGCUGUCGGUCCGCUGCCCUCUGCUGUGCCCUCUGAUUUGAACAGUUUAAUAGAUUUCAUCGCCCCCCAAAAAAACUUCAAGAUGGAGCUCUUCUUCAACCCUUUCGACAACUUGGUGUGUAUCCUGCUGGGCAUCUCCUUCACUGUGUGGUUCACCCUGCUGUUGGUCUUCAUUAUCGUGCCGGCCAUCUUUGGGGUGUCCUUUGGCAUCCGACGUCUUUACAUGAAAACCUUAUUAAAGCUCUUUGAGUGGGCCACACUAAGGAUAGAGAGAGGAGCAAAAGAAAAUAAUCACCUCUUGUACAAACCCUACUCAAAUGCCAUCAUUGCCAAGGAGCCCACCUCCUUGGAGGAGGAGAUCAAGGAGAUCCGGCGGAGCGGCAGCAACAGAGACCUGAACUCAGCCCCUGAGUUUGAGAUGUCUGACAUCUUCUAUUUCGCUCGCCGAGGAGUGGCGAGCAUCAUGGACGAUGAGGUGACCAAGCGGUUCUCUGCUGAGGAGUUGGAGUCCUGGAAUCUGCUGACCCGCAGCAACAACAACUUCCACUACAUCAGCCUGAGGCUGACCGUCCUAUGGGGGCUGGGCCUGCUGAUCCGCUACAGCUUCCUGCUGCCUCUCAGGGUAACGCUUGCCUUCACUGGUGUCGGCCUCCUUGUGUUCCUCACAUGUGUUAUUGGGCUGCUGCCAAAUGGAAGGUUAAAAAACUUCCUCAGUCAGAAAGUUCAUUUGAUGUGCUACAGAAUCUGUGUAAGAGCUCUGACUGCCAUCAUAACCUACCAUGACAGUGAGAAUAAACCCAAGAAUGGAGGUAUCUGUGUCGCCAACCACACUUCACCUAUUGACGUCAUCAUCCUGGCCAGCGAUGGCUGCUAUGCUAUGGUUGGCCAAAUUCACGGUGGCUUGAUGGGGGUCAUUCAGAGGUCCAUGGUCAAGGCCUGCCCACACAUUUGGUUUGAACGCUCAGAAGUCAAAGACAGACAUCUGGUGGCCAAAAGAUUAAGUGACCAUGUUGAAGAUAAAUCUAAACUGCCUAUUCUCAUUUUCCCAGAAGGUACCUGCAUUAACAACACAUCAGUUAUGAUGUUUAAGAAGGGCAGUUUUGAGAUUGGUGCCACAGUCUACCCUGUAGCCAUUAAGUAUGACCCCCGAUUUGGAGACGCCUUCUGGAAUAGCAGCAAGUUUGGAAUGGUCAACUACCUUUUGCGUAUGAUGAGCAGCUGGGCCAUCGUCUGCAGUGUGUGGUACCUUCCUCCCAUGUCGAGAGAGGAGGGGGAGGAUGCUUGCCAGUUUGCCAAUCGUGUAAAGGCAGCCAUAGCCAGGCAAGGCGGACUGGUCGACCUCCUGUGGGAUGGAGGAUUGAAGCGAGGAAAGGUAAAAGAUACCUUUAAAGAAGAGCAGCAGAAGCUGUACAGUAAAAUGCUGGUGGGCACCCAAGAGGACCGCAGUCGCUCCUGAAGGACCUGUGUGGAGGUGGACUGGACCAGAGACCCACUUGGGCACCUCCUGACUAAACAAGCAGUCAGCAGUGCUCCCUUGCUAUAGAAGCUCUUGGGACUGGAAAAUAUCUCUCUCUGAUGUCAACAGUACUCCAUUUGGCUUCCUUGGUCACUGCCUCAGCCAGGCUUGUUCAGUUAGCGUUCUUGUUGCGGGUCAUUCUGAGUCUGCUUCCCUUUGUUGGAAUAACUCGACUGAAGCCCUGCUUGCAUUAAAAUGAAAAUAAGGUACGCACAGAAAAGGAGCGUUGUCUUCCUUGUAAGCAGUCUUUUGUGGGAAAAUGUGUAGUAUUAUCUAUCAUUGAGUUACUGUCUUUGUUUGGUAGUUUCAGCUUUUUCAUUUUCAUUUAACUGUCAUGUUUGUAUCACACUGUCUUAAAGUUACAGAGCUGAAUAUACAUGGGACAUAGCAGAGUUAUUUUAGAUAAGAACUAGUUUGUUCUAAUGCUAAAACCGUGACUGAGUUGGAGUUUUGCAUGACUGGGUUGUGCCCAUGAUUUGGGGCUCAAUGCCAGAUUUUGUUACAUUUCAGAUAUUUUUAUGGGCUUUUUCCAAGAGAAAAAAACUUGUAUUUUAAGCUUUUUGUUUUACAUUAAGACUUGUAUCAAAAUAAUUGGUCACUGUAUGAGUUACAUUUCAGAUGAGCUCUUUAUAUGUUGUCUGUUUCUUCCAUGGAAUGUGGAAAUUCUCACAUUGUGAAAUUGAAAUAGUGCACCCACACUUACUCGGAUGGGGGUUUGUGUAUUGAUGCAGAUAUUCCUCUAUGUUAAAGCAAAUAAUGAAGCAUAACUGAAGUGAAAGGGUUUAAAGUGCAUUCAGAAAGAACGUAGGGAUGCUUUUAGCGUUGCCCCUUUUAAAGCCCAUUGCACACAGGUAGUGACGUUAUGACCAUCACAAUGGGUCUCCUGACUAAAAUAUUGUUACGAUAAUUAGCUGAUACGUACUCCUACUAAUACAAUCCCUAACCAUCCCUAGCCAUCAUGUUCUAAGUUGGCUUCCUGCUCAUGCAGAGACCAUCUUGCCUAUUUAUUUUAAGCGAACCCUAAAAGCCAUUGUCUUUAUUACCACCCUCUCCAUCAGUGAUAUUUCGCCCAUCUGGCAGCCUCUUCAAGGAGAGUGCUUCUGUACAGUAGUCUGGGCUCCCCAUUAGGCUGGAGUUGAGGUUUCCCCCUGAGGUCCUCGUUCCUCUAGUGUACUGUUAUCAGGAAGUCAUUUGGGUUGUGUUAAAUCUGUUCAUCAAAAUAAAUGUUCAAGAAUGUGACUCGA